AGAACCUGGGGAUACCCACAAGAGUUAGCACGCACCCUGGCCUGUUGCCCAAUGUGGCGCAACAUUCUAUCCCCUUGGCCUUCCUUGACCCGAUGCUUCGAGAUUCGAUAGCUGCAAUUCCGAAUCAGGAGGCCGCGAGACUUGCCUGUGUGAUCCAACUCGAGUCAUCCUCCUAAAUGCCGCGCUGACAAUUCCUUGCUGCCAACCGCACAAUGGACGAUCUCGCGGGGCUGAACUGGUCGGUGCCCAACCGCAGUCAAGCACAACUGGCGCAAUCGCGAUCGACGCCCCCGAACCCCGCGGUGCCGGCCUACCCUUCCCUGCGCCCAACCCCGUCGCCCUUCGCGUCCGGCCGGAGUACCCCGCUCUCGGCUCAAGGAUCCGGGAAUAUUGCACCCAAGCCGCCAGCCGCGACAACGGCGCCGGACAGCUUCGGGAACCUUCUCAGCUUCGGCGCAGGGAAGACCAAUGCAAAGCUCAGUCUACGCGAGCGGCAGGACCAACUCGAGGCCGAGAAAAGGAGAAAGGAGGAGGAGCAGCGCAAGCAGGCACAAGCACAGUACGGAGAUGGGAGCUUCUUUGACUCGCUGGGCCAGACUCAGUCCGGCUCCCGGAGCACGCCGUCGUCUGGCGCCCUGGCGCCGCCGCCGGCAGCGGAGCCGGGCUUCGGGAUGCAGAGUGGGAAGGCAGCGGCCGAGUCGGACGAUGAUCUGUUCGCGGCGUUCAAUGCCGAUACCAAGGUCGACAACUCCAGCUACUACCCGCCACCCACGCAUUCGAGUAACCCUUCUCCCGCAAACGCGCCAGGAUUGGACCUCACAAAUCCGCAGUCUUGGAACAACGCUGCGGUAUCUUCAUCUGGCGGGGGCUUUGGGGACGACGAUGACGAUCCGUUUGGGCUUGGUCAACUGAAGGCAACGUCUUCUGCGCCGGCGCCGGCGCCCGCUGCCGCUGACCUGGACGAGGAUGAUUUGCUUGGGGAUCUAGGUAAACCGGUGGAUCAAAUAAGGAAGAAGUCAGCACCAACCUUUGCGCGAGGACCUGAGCCGGGCAAACCUAUUGAAGAUUCGUCUUCAGAUUCCGAGGUGGAUCAAACUGCUGCGUCCGACGAUCCCUUUGACAAGGCCGUCGCUCAGCUCGUGGACUACGGCUUUACCCCCGAAAACGCGAGGAGAGGUCUUACGGAGAGUGGAGGUGGGCUUGACGUUCAGGCCGCCGUUAACUGGCUGCUCGACGAUGCUCACAGACAGGCGAAGGAGCAGGCCAAGGGCCGGGGAGGCGUGAGCGAGCAGCCCGGGGGCGGCGACGAACGCAUCUCAAGUCGAUCACGAGACGCGGCACCCUCCUGGAUGCGAGACGGUCCAAGCGGCGGCGGUCCUCGGAGCAGGGACAACCGAUCACCGGCGCCAACGGAAGGGGACUUUGCCAAGACAGCUGCCGCUGUGGGCUCAAGUUUUCUCAAGACGGCAAACAGCCUUUGGAAGACAGGGCAAAAGAAGGUUCAAAAAGCAGUUGCAGAGUUCCAACAAGACAGCGAUCCCAACCAGCCGAAGUGGAUGCGGUCAACCGCCCAAGGCCAUGCCUCCGGCGCUCCCGUAAGGGAGACAGCCGAAGUCACUGACGAAGCCCUGAUGCUGGAAUCAGGAAGGCGGCCUGAAGGAAGAUCGCGGAAUUUAGCGCCGGAGCGCCGGAACCCCAGCGAGUCUCGAGCUCGUGAACGCUCGCCAGCCCUACCACCCCGGCCAGGACAGGGAGGUCAAGUGCCCAGAUGGCAGCAGGGUUCGCAGCCAACUCUCGAUCCGCGCAGCCGGCUGAACAGACAGGCUGCGCAGGAAGAGAGCUUUCAAGCAUAUGUAAGCCCAGCACGGCGAAAGAAGGCCACUCCCCAACCGCAGCCUGAGGUGGAGGCAACGCCACCAGCACAGCGUGAGCCUGAUCUCCUAUUCGAUUCCACCACACCUUCAACGUCUAGGUCGACACCACCAGUUCGGUCGUCCCAGCCAUCUCCGGCCCCUCGACCCUCGGCACGGCCGUCUCCUGCUCCGGCGCCCGCCCCUCCGCGGCCUUCGCGUCAAAUUCCCGCCAUCUCUCCAAUCGCGCUGCAAAACUCAACAAAACAUCGCGUCGAAGGCACUGCGCACUUCAAACGUGGCGAUUUCGCAGCUGCCCACGCCUCGUACACUGCCUCUCUUACCGCCGUUCCGCAAGACCACCCACUCACCAUUCUCUUGCUCUGCAAUCGCGCCCUGACAGCGCUCAAAAUAGGCGAACCGCGCCAGGCAGUGGAAGAUGCCGACACGGCCAUCCGCCUCAUCGGCCCGGGCAAAGGCGAGGGCGAGCACGUCGAGCUCCAAGGAACCGGCGACUCGCCGGCGGAAAAGCGCGACAUGCGGGACCUCUACGGCAAAGCACUCAGCCGCAAGGCGGAAGCGCUCGAACAAAUGGAGAAGUGGGCCGACGCGGCGGCAGUCUGGCAGCUGUGCGUUGAAGCCGGGCUGGGCGGGGCGACGGCCGCGGCGGGGCGGCAGCGCUGCCAGAAGGCCCUCGCGCCGAAGCCGGCACCCGCGCCCAGACCGGCGUCCACAUCCCCCGCCGCUCUACCCACCCGGCCCAAGGCCACUGCCACUCCUACGAGCCAGAAGAGCUCCGAGGCCGUGCAGCGACUGAGGGCGGCGCACAAGGCCGCCGAGAAGGAAGGGGACGAGAGGAUCGCGCUGACGGAUAAGGUGGACGCGCGCAUCGCCGCGUGGCGUGAUGGGAAGCGCGACAACCUGCGCGCGCUGCUCAGCAGCCUGGAUAGUGUGCUGUGGGAGGGCAGCGGGUGGAAGAAGGUGGGCCUGCAUGAGCUGGUGGUUCCAAACAAGGUCAAGGUGGUCUACAUGAAGGCUAUCGCCAAGACACAUCCUGACAAGAUUGGGCAAGACGCAACGACCGAGGUGCGCAUGAUUGCCGCGACGGUGUUCAGCACGCUGAACGAGGCAUGGGACAAGUUCAAGGCGGAGAACAAUAUGUAAGGGAGUCUUGAUGACGUUUAUGAGAAAGGGGUUAGACGUCGAUUGUGGAAUCAAGCGAGCAUAUAGAGACUAGGAGUGGCCUGCGUGCUGGGAAUUGCGGAACUUGGAACUCGAAGGGUCAACAUCGAACAU